UUAAACACAAGAACAAAACAAUCGUAUCAGCAUGGAAUCACCGCAGAAACGCGAUGAAGCGUUGAUAAUUUUCUGACAGCCUUCAUCGCGUCCCUCACUCACUCCCAGCGUCGCUGCUCAAGAGGCGUGACUACUGACAAACAUACGAGGAAGAGAACAGCUCGGUCGGGUAAUAUCCACUCAGUUUUCUCCUGGGAAUUAUUCUCGGGGCCAGAUUUGCGGAAGACACCAAAAAAGAUUACCCCAGGGUGUCCGGAGUUCUGCCUUGGACUGUUGUGUGUUUAUCCAUAUCUGGAAUGUAAAUUCCCAUCCUCCGGUACUCCAGACAUCACAAUGGCAACAAUCGUUAUGGAGCAGAUUGGCCGACUCUUUAUUAAUCUGCAGCAGAUGAGGCAGGUUCCCCAGAUGCUCACCGAGACCUUGCCAUGCACAGCCGACACCCUGCGUGACACGGAGGUGCCCCGUUUUUUCCGUGAACGCUACAUUCACUCCGGCUACCGGCCUCUCCACCAGACCUGGCGCUACUACUUCCAGUCACUCUUUCGGCGGCACAACGAGACCAUAAAUGUUUGGACGCACCUAAUUGGAGCGCUAAUUAUCCUCGCGAAAACCGCACGGUUUACCGAAACGGUCGAUUUCAUAAACGACCCUCAUUCCUGGCCGCUCCUCAUUCUGCUCGUGUCAUCAGCGAGCUACUUGACCUUUAGCACCGCAGCCCACCUGUUGGCGGCGAAAUCUGAACUUUGCCAUUACAGCUUCUUCUACCUGGAUUACGUAGGAGUGGCGCUGUAUCAGUUUGGGAGUGCAGUGGUGCACUACUACUACGCCAUUGAGGAAAGCUGGCACGCAUGUGUACGAGGUUGUUUCAUGCCUAUAGCUAGCUUCUUGUGUUGCUUGUCUUGCUUUGGUUGCUGUUAUGGGAAAUAUCGCAAUUACAGCCUUCCUUCCUGGGUUCGUAAAAUUGGCCAAGUUGUGCCUUCAACCCUCGCUUACUGUUGGGACACCAGCCCUGUGUUUCAUCGUUUCAUCAUCUGGUUUCUGUCUUGGAUGAGGGGUGAUUUCAGAAGCAGUCCUGCUCUGCUUUUUCACUUCGGCCAGGUGAUGUUUUUUCUUUCCAGCGCUUUUUUCUUCACUCAUCCUGUUCCCGAGCGCUGGUUUCCAGGUCACUGUGACUUUUUAGGUCAGGGGCAUCAAGUAUUCCAUGUACUGUUGGCUUUGUGCACUGUCUGCCAGAUCCACGCUUCAUAUCUGGACUACUUCAACCGCAGAGACCUCUAUGUGAAACUCCAUGCCGAUGGCGAGGCAUUGUUCUUUGUUGUGCUCUUUAUUUUAACAUUCAUGACUUCUGCUUUGAUAGCCUUGUAUAUGCUUACGAAAGUCAAAAGAUUAGUCGGUUACAGGGAAAAACUAAGUAAAGAAUAGGAAUAGUUUGUCAUGCACUUUAAAGGAGAAGUCCACUUCCAGAACAAAAAUGUACUCACCCUCUUGUCACCCAAAAUGUUCAUGUCUUUCUUUGAGUUAAACAUUUCAGGAUUUUUUUUCAUAUAAUAGACUGAUAUGGUGCCCCGAUUUUGAACUUCCAAAAUGCAGUUUAAAUGCGGCUUCAAACGAUCCCAAAUGUGGUUGUAAACGAUCCCAGCCGAGGAAGAAGAGUCUUGUCUAGCGAAACGAUCGGUUAUUUUCAUUAAAAAAAUAUAAUUUAAGUACUUUUUAUUCUCGAACGCUUGUCUUGCCUUUCUCUUCCUGAACUCUGUGUACUCUGACUCAAGACAGUUAGGGUAUGUCGAAAAACUCCAAUUGUAUUUUUUCCCUCAACUUCAAAAAUCAUUUUAAAAUCAUCCUACAUCGCUGCAGAAGUACCGACACAGUCUUUGCGAAGUGAACAUGCAAAGAAGAUCAAACACCCUUAACAAAAAAGGUAAAACAGUGAUAUAGGACGAGUUUUUUGACAUACCCUAACUGUCAUGAACCAGAAAAAAACAGAUGAGACAAGAUGAGCGUUUGACAUUAAAAGUAUAUAAAUUGCAUUGUUUUUAUGAAAAUAACCAAUCUUUUUGCUAGAUAAGACCCUUCUUCCUGGGAUCGUUUACAACCACAUUUGGGAUCGUUUGAAGCUGCAUUUAAACUGCAUUUUGAAAGUUCAAAAUCAGGCCACCAUAUCAGUCCAUUAUAUGGAGAAAAAUCCUGAAAUUAUCCCUCAAAAAACCUAAUUUCUUUAUGGCUGAAGAAAAAAAGGCAUGAACAUCUUGGAUGACAAGGGGUGAGUACAUUAUCUACCAAUUUCUGUUCUGGAAGUGGACUUUAACGGUAGAUGGUCAGCGUUUGGACACACUUUCAAGGAGCGUUACAGUCAUGGGCUGAUCAAAAGGUUUAUUCAAGUAGUGAUUCUGCUGGUUUCUGGAUCAAUAUUCUUGUUGGUCCUGUAACAACAUUCCUAUCAUCAAAUUCGAUUACAGUGUUAGGUUAGGGAUCAUGCUAUGACUGUGUUUGUUUUAUAUAUGUGCUGUUCAAGGACUGAACUUUGAGCAAAUGCUUAACGUUCAAAUGGAUCAUCUUCUGUGUUAGCAUUUUUGAAUGUGAACUGCUUCUGUUAAAGUGAUAGUUCACCCAAAAAAGUUCAUUUUGUCUUUAUUUUCUCUUGACUUUGACUUUCUUCUACAGAAGAACAAAAAUUGGAGAAUGUUGGUAACCAAACAGUUUUGAGUAUUGACUUUUGUUUUCACAGCAGAACAUAAGUCAUACAGGUUUGAAACGAGACAUUGAAGAGUAAAUGAUGACAGGAUUUUCAUUUUUAGGUGAACUACCCUUUAAUAUUGAUCCGAUGAUGUACCUUACUUCAGUUACACACCAGCUCAAUUAAACAUGAGAGAAACCAGCAUGCAGUAUUGAGAAUGUAGAAAAAUGUUUGAAUAUUUAGGUGUUUAGAUGUCUAUUUUACUUGAAGUAUGUAAAUUCUAGAUUUUAUGAAUGCUCACAAAGGUACAUCAUUAGUCAUCAUAUUGGCUUUUGGGAUAGUAAAAAUGACAAUCUGUCUUAAAUUCUAUAUCAGUGAUUCUGUGAUUGUUUAUUUUUUUAAUGUGUUCUACACAUGGAUAGUAUUACCAGUUCAAUCACGAUCACUAAUGUGCCUUAAUGAGCAUUUUAGAUGAGCCUGUGAUUCUUAACGUGCACAUCUUGUGUGAUUGGUAACAACAGUAGCACUGUAUUAUUGAGAUUACUUGUAUUGUUUUGAAUGGGCAGUGUACUGAUUUUCUUUAUAGCAUUAUUGCACAUACCAAUCCCUUUUACUGCGCUUUAAUCAAACAAACCAGUGCCUACUUACAAUAUAACCAGUCAGUUGUCUGGAUAUUAAAGGGAAAGGCAAUGAAGAAACACUUUACCACAUCUACCAUUUGUGCCAUCCUUAUUCAUCCUAUAUAUAUUGUUAUUGCUUUUACUGUUUAUGUAAAAAGGACACCCAGUACUUUGUUUGUCCCGACUGGGAUCCUUAAUUAAAGCACUAAAUAAUGUACCACAGUGUAUAAUGCCUACUACUGUUUGACAGUAUGUGAAUCGGAACGAAAUUAUUAAAAAUAAGUAUUUGAAAUCAA